CCCCACACCCCCAGCAGCACCGACUGUUGUUUCCUUUUCAAGAUUUGAAACUGUCACCUCCUUCACCCCUUGUAAUCGGCAUUAAUGGUACUUUCCAGGAAGUCCUGUGCAAUGUGUAAUCCAGUGUUUUCUCGGGUCUUUGUGAACAAAUAUACGUUGUGUAAACGACGUAUUUGUUUUUCGUAAAACGACCAAACACUUUGUGACACAUGGCAGCUUCUUCACAGAAAACACAAACAGUUUAGAGUUCGGCAGCAGCUGAAUAGCGGUACCUGCUCUUCGGAGUUAUCAUGCCAGACUGCUUCUGUCUGUGUGCGGUCCUACUGGGUCUCCUCAUUUUAACAUUAGCAGGUUGUAUAUUUUAUUCAGGACUCUUAGCGGAUAUCACUGUGAAAACUUGCUGUCCUACCUUUAAUAAGCUAACUUUCGCCUAUAAAUUCAAAGAAGGCGCAUAUAAAGACAGCGGGGAACUUUUAAAGGAGGCUCGCUGUAUUGGACUUGGACUCCCAUGUCUUGGAGUGUUUUAUGAAGACCCUAAAAAGAUAUCUGCUCCACUUUGCCGCUACGCGGUUGGCUGUAUUCUGAGUGAGGGAGAAAACAAAGUUGAUGAGGAACUUCUGAAGCAAUGCAAGUCAUCAGGGUUUAGUGUCUUCUCCUUCCCCCAAGUCACCCACGUGAUUUCUACCUCAUUCCGUCACACGGCGCUGUUUUCUACGUACUUCAGAGUGAGACGAGUCUACCCACAGCUGGAGCGCUACAUCAAGGUACGCAGAGUUUAG